UAAUUGCAAGCCAACUUCAAGAUCCCCACGGCCAUUCUGAUCAUGCUCACGGUGAGAUGCUUCUCAUCAAUCUGUUCAAUCUGUUUGUCAUGCAGACUUAAGCUAGCCCCUCAAGUGCGCAGCGUCCACCCUGCGGCAAGGGCCCAUGUUCUACAACCUUCAAGAAACACUUGUGCGAGCGCCUUAACACGCAGUAUAUGCACUUUCUCGCAGCGGAGAGCCUUUUCCACAACAGGAAACCGGUACAAUGGAAAUCGAGAGACUGCGGCCAAGACGUUAGAGCUCCCGAAACGCCUCGAUACUCGUCCCAUCCAGCCUACAAACAUUGAAGAAUCGGUUCGAAGGGCAAGGCAAUUGUUCGGCGAUGCGCUACCUCGAGGGUAUCUGGAUGAUACUGAAUAUACUGUAUAUGAGAGGCUGUAUGGCACGCCUAUUUUUGUAGACAAAGCAGAAGACUUGGAGGAAUUUAGCAUUCAAGAAGAGAAGGUGUUUGAGGCGGAGCUACCUGACGGAUCGCCCGUGUUGCUGAGACAAGGUGAAGAUGGAGAGCUCGAGGAAGUGGAGAUGGCCGAAGAGCCAGAAGAAGCGCUUGAAAAGAAAACAGACCUAGAUGCAGAGCCUAAAGAGGCGGACACAAUGACAGAGACUAAAUGGGAAGAAGUACGAGAGGAGAGGGCGGAAAUUUAUCAUCAGGAGGUCUACGAGAGGAGCAGUGCUCUGCAUGAGAGGGACUACGAGGACGCAGAAGACGCCGAAGAUGAGGACUUCAUGAGGGCUCAUCCCUUAACAAUUGCAGGCCGGUUCGCCCCGUCGCCCUCAACCGUAUUCCUGCCCAAAGAAUGCUUUGUCGAUCCUGUAACAGAACUUUUAACCCGAACAAACCACAAACACUUAGCUGAAUCCGCGCGUCGGAUAUUUGGCGGCGAAGGCUUACCUCACUCGGCAACAACCGCAGCGGCACACUUGGGGAAGGAACAGAAGCCAAUUCCCCUUGAUCCUUCACAAGCAGAAUGGGGAAAUAUUGAAGGGGAUGUUUAUAUGGCUGCUGUAAUGGCUGGGACAUAUUCCACUGUGACGAGUACACUGGUGGAGGUGCGACGUCGACUUGGUACGCCAUGGAUGGAGCGUUUACUAGAAAAGAAAGGAGGUCCCAUGAUACUUGAUGCCGGAUCAGGCGGAGCGGGAGUUAUAGCGUGGCAUGAGGUCCUUAGGGCAGAAUGGCACCGAAUGCACGAGGAUAGUGGUGCGACUUCCCAUGGCUCUGUCCCUUUGGGCAAAGCAACAGUUCUAACCGGGUCUGACGCUCUACGACAUCGUUCCAGCCGACUUCUAGAAAACACCACCUUCAUACCACGGCUACCGGAUCUAGUUCAAGCUGGAGAGGAACUGAAUCCCCAGCAGCCACGUAAACUUUACGAUGUUAUCAUCGCGCCUCAUACUCUGUGGCCAAUAAAGCAGGAAUAUCUGCGCAAAGAGCAAGUCGACAAAUACUGGUCACUUUUGAAUCCAAAAGGGGGAGUGUUAAUACUUCUUGAGAAGGGGUUGCCCCGUGGGUUCGAAGUCAUCGCUGCCGCACGCGAGCAUCUCCUAGAUAAGCACAUAUCAUCGCCGGACUCGACUGAGGUUGAGAUUCCCAUCGAGAAGCAGACCACAGACAAUGGCGAUGAUACAAGAUUCGUCACAAAGGACACGGGUAUGAUCAUCGCCCCCUGCACGAACCACAGCAAAUGCCCUAUGUACCUCACGCCUGGUAUUAGUACAGGGAGAAAGGAUUUGUGUUUCUUUAGCCAGCGAUAUAUUCGCCCACCUUACCUCCAGAGGAUUCUUAAUGCAACAGAUCGCAACCACGAGGAUGUCCAGUUCAGCUACCUUGCCGUACAACGCGGCCGGGACCAACGGAAUCCGCUUCACGACCCUCUUGGCCAGGGUGUUGUCCAGGAUGAGGAAGUUACGAAAGAGGCCUUCGGAGGACACGAGUGGAACUCAGAAGACGAGCUCCGAACUCCUGCCGAUGUUAAUCCUCUUACCCUCCCUCGUAUGAUACUCCCCGCUUUAAAGCGUAGAGGCCAUAUACUUCUAGACGUCUGCACGCCGGCUGGCAAGCUCGAGCGAUGGACAGUGCCUCGCAGCUUUAGCAAGCAAGCUUUCCGCGACGCUCGAAAGGCUCGUUGGGGAGACUUGUGGGCAUUGGGCGCGAAGACCAGGAUUCCGAAGAAUAUCAGGCUAGGCAAGCCUCGAGAUCAGAUCGAUAAGAAGGGGAGGAGGAUCAAGGUACCGAAUAAGCAAAUUAUCGAGGUUGACAUUGGUGAUAGUGGUUUUGCGGGCAUGCGGGCUAAGACCGAUGGGCGAUAUAGCCAAGAUAGGAAGAUCAGAGGAAGUAGAGGUAGAAAAGGAAGGAAGCAGAAACCCUCGGAUAUUUUGGAUGAAUGA